CAAAAUGUCGGUGCAUGCUUUUGGGGUACAAAAUGGGGUACAAAUUUUAAUGUACAAAUAGCUUAAUCCUAAAAAUUAACUCUCAUUUGUUACCCCAAUCAAGUUCUAAAAUUACCCAAAUAGCCCCGUCGUUCCUUCAGAUCCAGUCAUCCAUCGUCUUCCUCUGGCCACAUCUUCAUCGUCCUCCGACCGUCUUAGUCGUUUGGACGCGUAAUCUCCUCCUCCUUUAUCCCAUCUUCUUCGCCCUGAACUUCUCUGCUACCCACUGCGACUUUGUUUUACGGGGACAGGACAUGGCAGCUUGGAGCUUAUCAAGAAAAGAUUAAAAGCAUUGCAUUUUGUUCAAACAGACAUGCUACUCACAAGGAUGAACAGGUUACGCGAACCUGCGCAGGUUCUUGACAGUGGGUUUAGAUCAAUGAGGUGUCUUCAUUCUUGCCCAGAAAAAGCAAGUGAGAUUGAGAACAUUGUCAAGUUAAUAAAUGAACAUUCAUUUCCCAAUCAGCCGUUGCAGCCUACUCUUGAAAGCCAUAUCCCUCCUGCAUCCCUGUCUCCAUCUUUUGUGGAAAACGUCCUCGGUCGCUUGUUUGGAGCACACGCUAAUGGCCUAAAAGCUUAUGAGUUCUUCAAGUUCUGUCUCCUCCGGUCCAAAGACAGCCCUUCUGCAGGCGCAUUUGAGAAGACUGUCCAUAUAUUAACCAGGAUGCGCUACUUCGAUAAAGCGUGGGACCUGAUGAAAGAAAUCCAGCGGACGUAUCCGACACUCCUCACUCUCAAGUCUAUGAACAUCAUGUUGUCCAGGAUAGCAAAACACCAAUCCUAUGAAGACACGCUUGAAGCAUUUGAGAAGAUGGAGAGAGAGAUAUUUGUUGGGAAAAGAUUUGGCACCGAAGAGUUCAACGCGCUCAUUCGUGCAUUCUGCACUCAAAGACAGAUGAAAGAAGCUAAAUCAGUCUUCAACAAGCUUCAUUCCCGGUUUUCUCCAAACACGAAAACAAUGAAUAUUCUGCUAUUAGGGUUCAAGGAAGUAGGGAAUGUAACUGCAGUGGAGUUGUUUUACCACGAGAUGGUCCGAAGAGGCUUCAAGCCUAACCAUGUUACUUACAACAUCCGAAUUGAUGCUUACUGCAAGAAAGGUCGCCUAGAUGAUGCGCUGAGACUGUUGAGAGAGAUGGAGAGUGUUAACUGCGUGCCCACUUUAGAAACAAUGACAACCUUGAUUUAUGGGGCGGGGAUUGCUAGAAACAUAAGUAAAGCAGGAGAGCUGUUUGAUGAAAUGACCAAGAGAGAUUUAAAACCAGAUGUUUGUGCUUAUAAUGCUCUCCUGAGUUCGCUUCUCAGAUCUCGAGAUGUCAAAGCUGCUGCAGCUUUAAUGGAUGAGAUGGAUGAGAAGGAGAUCGGCCACGACCAUUUAACUUAUCACACCAUGUUUUGGGGAUUCAUAAGAUCAGAAGAUAUGCACGGCGUGCAGGUGCUGUAUACCAAGAUGACCGAACGAGGGUUCUUGCCAACGACACGGAGCGUGGUUAUGUUGAUGAAGUUUUUCUGUAAGAAUCAUAGCAUCGAUUUGGGCCUGAGUUUGUGGAACUACUUGGUAAAGCAAGGGCAGUGUCCACACGGUCAUGCGCUCGAGCUUCUAGUUACGGCAUUAUGUUCCCAUGGAAGAGUUGAAGAGGCAUUAGAGUGUUCUAAGCAAAUGGUGGAGAGAGGCAGACGGUUGAGUGAGCUGGUGUUCCAGAUGUUGAAAAGGAUUUUGUUGGAGUUGGGUGAAGAAGAGAAAUUGCACCAGUUGGAGCAGAUGGCAAAGAAGGUAGAAAUGUUUUUGCCACCUCCAAAUGUACAUCGCAAAGCUUCUGUUCCUUGCUGCUAGGAAAUUGACAUUAUUUCUAGACAUUUCUGUAUUUGUAAACCAAACUAAAUUUAACCAAAAAUAGAAGACACUAGACAUAGAAAAGUUCAUAAAUCAUUUUUGAUAAU